CCGCAUCAUUCGUCGCGAACUGUUCGAUAGCCGCAGAUCAAAACUCCAACCAAAUAUCACCAUGAAGUUCCUGAUUGUCUUCGUUGCCCUCUUCGCCGUGGCUCUGGCCGCUCCUGCCGAUCCGGAGGCUAAAAUCGUGCGAUCGGAAUCCGACGUUGGACCCGAGAGCUUCAAAUACGACUGGGAGACUAGCGAUGGUCAGGGAGCUCAGGCCCAAGGUGUGCUGAAGAACAUUGGAUCCGAGAAUGAGGCCAUCUCCGUCCAGGGAUCCUACCGCUUCGUGGGCGAUGAUGGUGUCACCUACGAAGUCACCUACAUCGCCGAUGAGAACGGAUUCCAGCCCCAGGGUGCCCAUCUGCCCGUUGCCCCCGAGGCUUAAGCCAUCCAAAGUUCUUUGUUGAUAUUGUUUAGGAAAGAAAAAGAUCUUAAAUGAAAAUUUAAUUAAAAUAUAAAACUAAUAUGUAAAUAA